CGGACAGUGAUUAAAGCAGGUGCUCUCGUACCGUGAAGAAAAUUGAAUUCCGAGGGUUGACCGGAGUAUACAAAAUUUGGAUGAGCGCGAAAGUUUUCUUCGAAUUUACAGAUAUAUACCUGCUCGAUCAUUAUGGUAGAAGAAAAAGAAAAUGAAACGCGAACGAAGAGGGUCUCCCUCGGGGUCGGAGGCGUCCUGGUGGAGCUGCCAGCUGAGCGGAUCGGCUGGGACCAUCCCGUGGAGUUCGUUUUAUCCUGCAUCGGCUACGCCGUUGGGAUUGGAAAUAUUUGGCGUUUUCCAUACCUCGUGUAUCGCAAUGGCGGAGGAGCCUUCCUGAUACCCUUCACUUUAAUGUUAAUUACGCUGGGUCUGCCGAUAUUCUUUUUCGAGCUGGCCAUAGGCCAGUACACCGGCCUGGGACCGAACGAGGCGUUCGCCAGAAUGGCACCAGCAUUCCACGGUCUUGGUUACUGCACGGUAGUGGUCAUUACCUUAAUAACCAUCUACUACAUGGUCCUCGUAUCCUGGACCCUCUUUUAUACCUUCGCAUCGUUCUCAUCCAAGCUGGGCUGGGCCUACUGUGACAAUGACUUCAACAGCAAUGACUGUUACAGCGGGCUUCAAGAUAAGGAUUGCCAGGCCAACGACUCCACUACCAUAUUUUACAAUAAAACCUGCACGGCCAUUACCGCAGUUUGCGAAAGCUACGGCUACGCUGACGGAGGUAACAGCACGCACUGUUUUCAGGGUAACAAUGCAACGGCCAUACGAUAUAUAUAUACCCGUAUACUUUCUUCGGAGGAAUAUUUCAGUGACUACGUCCUGGGUAUACGCGGCGCCACGUGGUACAACUUUGGCGGCAUUAGGUGGGAGUUACUAGGCUGUCUUGUUCUGGCUUGGAUAAUCUGUUAUCUGUGUGUGAUAAGAGGGGUCCAGAGCGUCGGGAAGGUCGUCUACUUCACUGCGCUCUUUCCGUACGUGGUACUAAUCGCACUUCUAAUACGGGGUGUCACCCUAGACGGAGCCAAGGAUGGUGCCAUUUGGCUAAUUACCCCUGUAUGGUCAACCCUCUUGAGUGCCAAUGUCUGGGGCGACGCUGCCUCACAAAUAUUUUAUUCUCUUGGCAUCGGCUGCGGAUCCCUGGUCACUUUGUCUAGCUAUAGCUCCUUCACGAACAAUUGUCACAGGGACGCAAUAUUUGUCACGCUCACUAAUCUUUUCACCUCGGUCUUCGCCGGAUUCGUAAUAUUCUCCAUCAUGGGAUUCCUCGCGCUGAAGAUGAACAUGCCAAUCGAUGAGGUAGUUCAGAGCGGCACGGGAUUGGCUUUCAUCGCCUAUCCCGAAGCCGUGGUGAGGAUGCCACUUCCGAAUCUCUGGGCGGUGCUCUUCUUCUUCAUGCUCUUCAUUCUGGGACUGGGUAGCCAGUUCGCCGGAGUCCAGGCCAUAAACACUGCCAUACUGGACGUACGUCCUGACCUACGGAAACACGAGUCCCUCGUUAUAUUAGCAAUAUGCGUUUCCUGUUGCGUUCUGGGCAUACCUAUGGUAUUCGAUGGUGGCGUUUACCUAUUUACAUUGAUGGACUGGAACACUGCAUCAUGGGCCAUACUAUUGAUUGGCAUGGCGGAAGUCGUGUUAGCCUCAUGGUGCUACGGCUGCAACAGAUUCUUGGAUAACAUAGCCGACAUGACAAUGAAGUUUGGACGAAUUCUUCGCGGCUACUGGUGGUUAUGCUGGGUGAUAUUAGCACCGGUUACAGCAGCUGCAGUCUUCGUAUUCCAAAUGUACACCUACGAGCUGGCAAGUUACAACGGAAUGGUCUUCCCAUGGUGGGCGGACGUAAUUGGUUGGCUAAUUGGAUUGUCUACGCUGGCACCGCUUCCUAUAUUCUUUUUCUACCGUUUAUGGAAACAGCCGGUGGCUUCGACGUUGUUUAAACCAGCCGAGAACUGGAGACCCCAGGGAAGGGGCACAGUAGCCAGGGAAAGUGAGGAGGUAGGACCUCCGAUUACAAACCCUGCUUUUAUCGGGGACGAUGAUAAGCCUUGAAGGUGAAAACGCGGGAACAUUCCUGCGGGACUGAACGAGGUAAGGGAGGAAUGAGAAAAAAAAAUAAGGGAAAUAAAAAAAUACAGCUUCCCUUACAAGCAAUUGAAUGCCGUGUUGCGUUAGGUCAGUAUUCAUUACACUGUCACAUAUAUAUAUGUACUACGGGAUGUAAAAUAAAAAAAAUUUUGUAAAGUACGAUUAAGUCCAAAAAAAUGUAAUCGUAUGAAAAUAAAUAAUUUUUUGCAAUCGCAUUCUACGAUUGAAAUUACAUGCACGCUGAUA